AUCUGGCUUCAUAUCUAAAACGUUAUUUUUAGCAUCUAAAAUAUUGUGACAUGAUGACGAAUUCCUCUUCUUUUCGUUUCCAUCCUUUUUUUUUUAUUUUUCAAGGGCGAUUCAGACGACGUCAUCGUCAUUAGUAGUUGGUGUACUGUACCUUGGGUUCUCAGUUUCAAACGUGUUUUAGUUUCAGUUCCCUUUAACGAAAAAUUUCUCGUCGUGAAGUCGAAUGUUGGUUACCUGCGUAGUGUCUACCGCUGGUAGUACUACACUAUGACACGAAGAUGAAUUUGAUGUUGCUUAAAUCUUUUGUAGCUGAUUUAAACACUUUUAGGGUGUGAGAAUAUAUUGAAGGAAAGCAAAAAAAUCUUCCAACAAUGACUGAGGCUUGAAAUUGGAUUGUCCUUAAAAUACAUCAUCAUGGGAAAAAGAGAUGGACUUCAGCAACUGCAUAUUCUUUUUGUUAUUGCUUGUCACUGGGCAAUGUCUAUUACACUUGUAUUUGUCAACAAACAUAUGGUUAGCAGCAGCACUUUAGGUCAUGAUCUCACUGUUGUCAUCGCAUGGUCUCAGAGUUUUGUCUCAGUCUUGGCUAUUCUCAUCGGAGCAUCAGUCCAGAUGCUGCUGGACCCAUCAGCACGCUGGAUAGCAUCAAGCCCAUCCCUGCUGUUGAACAGUGAUGUCCUUGCUAUGUCUUUUGCCUUUGUUGCAGUUCUUGUUCUGAAUAAUCUGUUACUGAAGCACAUUGGUGUGGCAUUUUACCAAGUUGCACGGUCUUCCACUCUUGUGUUUUCUGUAAUGUUUUCAAGACUUUUUCUGCAUGUUCCUAUAACCGGCAAAAUUGGAUUUUCUUGCUUUCUUAUCAUAUGUGGGUUUUUAAUAAGUGCAGAUGAAGAAAGAGCACUCAACAGUAUAACUUUUGCUGGAAUUACCUAUGGUGUCCUAGCUAGCAUGGUGGCUGCACUUUGUGGUAUUUACUGCAAGAGGGUGGACAAAGUUGUGGAUGGUGACUCCUUGAAAAUAGCACUUUUAAACAAUGGUAGCAGCAUAAUACUGCUUUUCCCUCUCAUUUUUAGUACUGGUCAGUUUCACACAGCUUGGAUGACAGGGCAGCUGUGGAAGGUAACGUUGUGGUGGCAACUGAUAGUUACUGGGGUCAUUAGCAUGAUGGUCGGAUGGACUAGCAACAAGGUAAUUAGCUUGACAUCCCCUGUGACACACAAUGUGAGCAUCAAUGCCAAAUCACUCCUGCAGACAAUACUGGCUGUGAUUUUCCAUGAAGAAAAAAAAACAUUCCUUUGGUGGGUAGGAAAUCUCCUUGUGAUGCUUGGCAUAAUGUUGUAUGCUACAAAUAAAUCUUCAACAUCCAAUGAAAUAAUCAUAACAAUACCUGAAAAAAAAGAAACAAGGUGACAAGGACAUUUGGAUGAUCAAAACUGUCUUCUGUUGAUGUUUCUUAAAGAAGGAUUGGAAGAAUAUUUGAAAUGUUUGUAAUGAAAAUUUUGUAAUUGAGAUCAUCCUUUAUAGGGAUUAGAGCAUAUGUGCAUUAAUUUUUAUACUUUUGCAUAUAAUGUAUAUCUGUAUUCAUUGUAUCACUAUAAAAAAAAACUAGCUACAAUGAAAAUAGGCAGAACUGUUACAGCUUAUUAAAGCUGCAUGAAGAGCUUUUGAAAGCAUACAUUGCUGGAGAACCUUCUUGGUUUUAUCUUAUACAUCACUGAUGCCUGCAGUUACCAUCAUGGCUUCUGUGUGUAUGAUCUCCAAAGGCACUGCAAAUAUAAGAGUAACUCUUGUUAUCCUAAUAUUCCUGAAGAUACCUAUCAUCAGAUGUAAAGCUUCCUAGGAUUUGCGGGUUCAAACACAAACAGACCCUGGAGGUAAGAAUUAAAAGGAAUAUGAUCCUUGUUCAUUCCAAGUAUAUUCUAUAACUAUGGCCUUUACUGUUUGGUUUUUUAAAAACUGUAAUCAGCUUUCCUUUUGCAUGAUGUGGUAGAGCUGUAGUUUUAUAUAGCCUUUGUGUUCUGAACAGGUACAUUUUAAAAGUUUAAAACUCAGACAUACUGACAAGUGACAAUACAUUCUUGUAUAAAUAGGGUUAAUUUUAUUGAUGCUUUUUUCAUUUUGGUAGCUCAUUAGAGAUCUCGUGUUGCACUUAAUACUAUACAUUACAUAAUUCAAGGAUAAUCUGUGUGCAAACACUUUCUUACAACUGAAUCUAGUGAAUUACAAUGAUAAAAUUUUAAUUUCAACCGUCGUCGUAAGUUUAUUUCGUUUGUGAGUUAAAAUCUUUUAUCCCAGUUCCUGCAACAUCACUUGAUAGUGUUGUGGCAAUAUUAACAUGGGCUUCAACCCUCUCCCUGUGACAACAAGCAGCUAACAUGUUUAUUUCAUAUGGUCAGCCUUUGUGUGCUUUAACACAAAGAAGACACCUCUAAGCUAUGACUACACGCACAAAAUAGAAUGCUCACUCUUUCUGACAGGUAGGAUAACUGAAGCUAUAAAAAAGUAUUUAAAAACUUUGACAACUUGUCUUUUAACCAGUCAUCAAGUUUCAGCUUAGCUCUAAGUUACAGUUAGAACACAAUUUACCAAUUUAAUUAUUGAGCUCAUUUUUUUAUCUAUAUGUAUAUAUUGAACUGUACAUUGUGUAGUAACCCAAUUUACCUUACAGUGGGGAGAACACGACAGAAAAGGCAGUCCACAGGGCUCUAUAUCUCGGUUUGUGUCCCUCCUUUCAUGUUUCUUAUUAAGCUGCACGUGUAUAAACUGUCCUUUUUACAUCAAGCAUACCUUGCAGGAUAGCCAUGGCAAAACUGUUGUGAUAUAUAACAUAGCUAUAGUGUGACAUCCUCCUCUUUAGCUGCAGGCAGCAUUGUUCCUGGACCAGCCAAAGUGUGCAUGUUAAGAGUUUAAUUAUGCUCAUUCCAUUAAUUGUUUAGAAACCUCUGUGACUAUAAGUACUUUAUUUCAGAAAAUCUCCUUGUCUCAGAGGUUUCAGAAGCAUUUUUCAAAGGACAUCAAUCUUCAAUUGGAUGAAAGCUUACAAUAGUCAAGCUUACAUAAUCCUGCAAGCAUAAGAAGAUUGUGAUAAUUAUUGGUUAUCAUUACUAACCUUUCUUCAUAGAUAUUUCAAUUUUUGAUUACUUCUAAAUCAGCAGCUUCGGGAUUCGCAAUUAUUUUUACUAUGUGCUAUAUCUGCAACUUAUUUUUCAAACUUCAUAGGAUAGAAAUAUUAGUAAAUAUUACUUCUUGCAAGCAAAUAAAUAAUUAGACUUAAUAAGACCCUACACAGUCUUUAGGCUUCUUGAUCUUGCUUUUUAUGAUCUUCAUUCGUAUAAGGCUUUGAAUCACAACCUGAGAUGACAUGCAAUAUUUCAACACAGUUUAAAACUAAAAGGUCGCAUAUAUACAUGUGCUGGCAAGUGAGUUCUCACUUCUGAGGUCUGGUCGCAGAUACGCUGUACCUGUAUGUCGAACGAACCGUUACCGAAACUCGUUCAUUCCGCGUGCCAUUCACUUCUUCAAUUCCACUAGCUGUGAUGAUGUGUCAGCCUGAGGUGACCUUGUGCGGGGUGCCAACUGAACCUCCUGUUGCUGUGUUACUAUAUGAGUGGGUGUGUGCGCACAUGUGUGUGUAUGUUGCCAGAAUCUAUUCCCUUUAAUCUCCUACAUAUAAUCUUCACUUUAGUGUGCUGGCGUGUCAUCAUACCUGUAAUUGCCCUUGCGGAUUAAUAAAAUUGUAUUGUAUUGCAUUGUAUUGUAUAUCCAUUUCUCCCUGCUGUUGUCACAAAUUUUAAGGGUUAACUUGCAAGGUUUGCCUGUGUUCUGUUUUGCGAUUUUAUAAAUUUAGCUCCACAAUUCAUUUGCAUGCACACAUUUGCCAAGUCUUUGAUAUGCAGCUGCAUCCAUGACAUUACAAAUUCUUACCCUCAUCCUUGUGAUAAAACAGAUCUUUAAAACAUUUUAUGGUCUUUAUAAAGUAUUUCAUUUGCUUAACAUUUUGUGAAACAAUGAAGUUGUAUUUUUUUCUAAUAAUUCUCACACCAAGAUUAAAUUCAGUAAGUGUUGAGAUUUGUUUGGGAUUUUAGAAAAUAGAUAUUUAGCUGAAGAAAGUGAGUUGACAACAUUUUCAGAUUACAGUAAUACAUUAUGCUGGUACAUUAGAUGAACAAUUCGUCAAGUGGAUUAUUACCUUAAGUAAUUGAAAGUGCAUUUGUAUAUAGAGCCUUUUUCAUUUUGUCAAUUCAUUUUGGGCAAAUACAAGAUCUGAAGAAAUACUCUAAAUGCUUGUACAUCAUAUUCUCCAUCUUUUAUGCUGGGUUUUUUUCGCUCCUUAAAUGUGUGAAAUAAUAAAGUAUCUAACCCAGCUAGUUGUGUUAUAAUUGUUGGUAAAUAUAUGUAAGGAAUGCAGGAUAUUUAAAAUGCCUCUAAAGAUUGUGUAUAUUCUUGACCGUUAAAAAAUUGUCAUCAAAA